GUACAAAAAUGAUGAGCCAGUCGAUCUAAUACAAGCUGCUGGCAUCCGCAAAAAGUCUCCAGCAAAGGACCAUCUCAAAUGGGAUGGCAAGGAGUCGGGCAGUAGCAAAGGAACAUCUCGUCUAAUUGGUGCUACAGAUACUGGAAUUGGUGUAGGUGACAUCUACAAUGAAAAGGGUCGUCGAGCUUUUGAAACUGUGAAGGCAACUUGUGUCAGGACAACUACUAUGUCUGAGAAUGGUAGAACAGUGAGACAUGGUGAUCAAAUGGUGUGUAAAUUUGGUAUGCUUAUACCGUCAGCAUCUUCAGAAUCUAAGUCUCAGGAGACAGUUUUACUUCCUCAAAAUUUGGCAUCCGAUCUAAAGAACAAUUUCAAGUGUACUUUGUGUCGGAGCACACCAAUGUCAUCACCUGUCCUUGCAACUAGUUGUUGUGGCUUCAUUCUUGGAUGUCAGGAUUGUGUCAAUGACUAUUAUGCCAACUACAACACCCAUUGCCCUUCUUGUAAUAAUCCAGAAGGAUACAAGAAGACAUUUCGUCUUCAUGGCAUUCAAGAAAUUCUACAGGCAUUAGGAAAUGGAGUUCGUGGGGUUGAUUCUGCUCUCUUUGCAGAAAGUUUGCAGUGCACAAUGUGUGACAGUUUUCCAGUGAGCUCAGCACCAGUCAUUUCCACAUGCUGUGGUCGUGUAGUUGGAUGCAGUGAUUGCAUCAAACGUUGGCACCAGACCAAAGAUCAAUGUCCACAUUGUAGGAAAGAUGAUGGAAAGAACAACAUUGUCCGGCUUCGUGGAAUGGAACGUAUUUUCAAGCCACUUAAAGAAUUUUUUGAUACCAUUGAACGCCAGUCUUCAUAGACAGCUUUCAACUUGUGAACUGAUAGUUUUCAUGUUUCAGCUGCUCAUGUGUAGGGUCGUAUAAUUUCGUUUGUCAGCUCGUAUAAUUUCGUUUGUCAGCUAACACCAAUGAACCAUAUUUUUAUGUAGUAAGGUGCACUGUACAUGAUAUUACGGUAUAUUGUUGAGCUGCUUAGCCAAAGUUAUUUUGCACAAACUAUGUAGUUUGUUGUUGUGAUUAAAAUAAAAAAAAUUGAUGUUGUGACUGUGA